AUGCCCGUUGCCAGGAGUUGGGUUUGUCGCAAGACUUAUGUCACCCCUCGCCGUCCCUUCGAGAAGUCUCGUCUCGACCAGGAGUUGAAACUCAUUGGCGAGUAUGGACUGAGGAACAAGCGUGAGGUGUGGAGGGUCAAGUUCACCCUGGCCAAGAUUCGUAAAGCUGCCAGAGAGCUGCUCACUUUAGACGAGAAGGAACCGAGACGUCUCUUUGAAGGAAAUGCCUUGCUCAGGCGUCUGGUGCGUAUCGGCGUGUUGGACGAGGCUAAAAUGAAGCUGGAUUACAUCCUGGGGUUGAAGGUUGAGGACUUCUUGGAGAGGAGGCUGCAGACUCAGGUCUUCAAGCUGGGCCUUGCCAAGAGCAUCCACCACGCCCGCGUGCUCAUCCGUCAGAGGCACAUUCGCGUACGCAAGCAGGUGGUGAACAUCCCCUCCUUCGUGGUCCGCCUGGACAGCCAGAAGCACAUAGACUUCUCCCUCAGGUCCCCGUACGGCGGCGGACGCCCGGGCCGUGUCAAGAGAAAGAACUCCAAGAAGGGCCAGGCUGGAGCUGGUGGAGGCGAUGACGAAGAGGAAGAUUAA